UUCCCAUGACUGAGCCUUUGUCACCACAACACAUUCGUUGACAAGCCGUCAGCUGAGGAUGUACGGCCUCGUUGUCCUGUUGUGUGCAGUCCUCUACACCAGUGUUACAAGACUCCACAACAUAUAUGUUCACAGUGAAAAUAUUUCAAUAGGGAAGGAUGCAAAACAAAGCAGUACCUAUUCCACCUAUCCCGCCAGCAUGGCUCUAGAUAAAGCACAUGCAUACUAUGGAUCAUUCACAAGUCAAGACAACCCGUCCUGGUGGGAGGUGGACCUCAGAGGCUACUUCAACAUCAGCAACAUCACUGUCACUGCAACCUCCUACAGUGAUUGGUACAUCUACAUGAAAAAUGCAUUCGUGGAGGUGAUGGACAAGGAUGUCAGCCUCUGCUCUGACGUCCAGGGGGCGUGGUGUGGAGAGGUACCUAACACUCUUGCUGCUGGGGAAGAGUUCACCUUCACCUGCAAUGCCACCUUCCCUGUCCGCUUUGUCCGUGUCACAAGGCGAUCCACAAGUGGCAUAUACCUCUCGAUCGGACAUGUUGACGUGCAAGGGGAAGGGACUACGAAGCCAUAUCGCUCAUACUACAAACCGUCCAAGAACAAGAAGGUGUCGGAGCCGUUCCUGACCACGUCGGCCAUGAUAGCCGGCGACUGCGGCAUCGUUUGUCACCAGCAUCAUUCAUGCAUCGACUUCAGCUUCAGUGCAACAGCGCCGACUGAUGAGAACUGUCUGCUAACCGACAAAGCCUUGUCUUCACAUCACGUUAACGACAACUCUUGGACAACCUACACCAUUACCUGCUUGUAAACAUUCAAUCCAAACAUAUCUAGCUGCGGUCACACUUCUCCAUUUUCACAUCCAUUUUUUGUAGUGGUAGAGUCAAACUGAACUCAGUGUUUAAAUGAGCUACAGAGCGCCAGUAACUGGAGAACGAUUACCACACUAGGGACCAUGGGGACUUACUGCAUGGAUCAAAGUAAGACUGACAUGGACUUCGGCCUUAGUGCAUACGCGUGACUGAAAGGAGAAGAGAUACUGAUCAAUACUUCAAACAUCCAAAGAAAAUGAACCGAUAAGUAAGCCCGUGAUCUCAUAUGAAUAUUGUAUCACAUAAACUCUUAUAAUUGGUUCGGGGAUAAUGGAAUCCGAACGUUGUAAUCGGUCUUUAGAGACGAAUUAUUUUUUCUUUUCCAUCCAUUGCUAUCAGUUGUUAUGUCUUUGUGUUUGUGUAGUCAAAGGAAACUGGCUUGGUCGUUUUCAUUACAUAUGUUUGUUCAAGUCUUGCACGAAACACUGUAUUAAUGGUUUUCAGUCUGUUUGUCAUCGCGUGCACGGAGUGAAAUUCGAUUUCAGAGCGAACGAGGCCAAUCUUUACGGAGUAAGUCGUUAAUAAUAUGCACACAUCACUUAUGUUGUGAAGCUAGCAUGUUAUACAAGAACAGUCUACUGAUUAACUCUUGACGGCUUUGACAUUUUGCCGAUGGAUGGAUGCAAUUUCAUGUCAUUGAAUACAAUCGUGUUAGGCCAUAAAAAUAAUGUUUUAGGUGUCAGUUUUGUUGAUGUAAUUCUUAGGCAAGUAUGUCCUAAUGUCUUUUUUCAACCUUUAAACAGUUGUUGCAAUCAAAAAUGUAUAUUUUGAUUUUUAUUCAGAAAAGAUUAUGCCAAACAUGCACGUGCUAAUCGUGCGCUUAAAUGAUGAAAAUUGUUUUGCCCCUUUACUUUGAUGUCAUCGUCAGCAGGAAAACGCGUUUCUCAAAAUAAAAAAGUUGACAUCCAUAAAUUCUU